GUCUCUAUGCCGUUCUCCCUCUGGUGUCUUACUUUGUCCUGGCUGCACUGCAGACUUUCCUUCCAAAUGCAUAGAGGUCCCAAUAGGCAACUUCCCUCAGAAAACCCAGAAAAAAUAUCAAUAAGAUCUCCCCACCCCACUGUUCUGCUCUUCCAAUCUCUCUCUCUCUCUCUCCCUCCAAGAAUCCAGUAAUAAAGACUCUCCGGCAUCCCUGCUCCAUUUCACGGCAACUUUCAGGCCGAGUGAGAGAUUGAUUAAGCAGUUUGUAUUGACAAAGCAAUUCUAUUUCAAGUGAAGGAAUUACUCGUACUUGGUUGCAGACUGUAACGGAGAAAUGUGGCUGGGGAGACUUCUCUGCUUGCUGGUUUUGUUUGGAUUUCUCGGGACAGAAAGUGUAUCCGGGAUUGUUCUGCCAAGACGGAUUCUUUUCGAUACCGACGUCGACACUGAUGAUUUCUUUGCUCUUCUGUAUCUGUUGAAGCAGAACAGAACAGAAAUCGACUUGAAGGCAGUCACUAUCAACACCAAUGCAUGGACUAAUGCCGGACAUGCUGUGAAUCAAAUCUAUGAUAUUCUCUACAUGAUGGGUCGUGAUGACAUUGCAGUUGGGAUAGGAGGUGAAGGUGGAAUACUACCAAAUGGUACUAUCCUUCCAAAUGUUGGUGGAUUUCUUCCAUUAAUUGAUCAGGGAACUUCAACUGCUGGAGGUUGUCGGUACAGACAGGCUAUUCCUUUAGGUUCUGGGGGGAGAUUAGAUAUUGAUACAAACUAUGGACUGCGAAAAGGUUUCCUUCCACAGGGGAAGAGACAAUAUUGGCCCCUUCAGCAACCUACUGCACAACAAUUGAUGAUAGACACAAUAUCCAAGGGUCCUGUUACUUUACUCAUUACUGGAGCUCAUACAAACUUUGCCCUUUUCCUCAUGAAUAAUCCUCACCUGAAGAACAACAUUGAUCAUAUUUAUGUCAUGGGUGGUGGUGUGAGGUCUAAUAACCCAACUGGUUGCUGCCCUAAGAACGCCAUCUCUUGCAAGCCUAAACAAUGUGGUGAUAUUGGUAAUCUGUUUACAGCAUUUAACAGCAACCCAUAUGCUGAAUUCAAUAUCUUUGGAGAUCCUUUUGCUGCAUACCAGGUUUUCCAUUCUGGCAUUCCAAUCACCCUUGUUCCCUUGGAUGCAACAAACACUAUCCCUAUAACUCAGGAUUUUUUCACAGAAUUUGAAAAGAGACAGAAUACUUAUGAGUCACAAUACUGCUUUAGGUCCUUAAAGAUGGCUCAUGAUAUUUGGUUUGAUGACCAAUUCUUUAAGAGCUAUUUUAUGUGGGAUUCUUUUACAUCUGGUGUAGCUGUAUCAAUCAUGCGUAACUUGCAUGACCAUGAUGGGGAAAAUGAAUUUGCUGAGAUGAAGUAUAUGAACAUUACAGUAAUGACAUCAAAUGAACCAUAUGGGAUAUCUGAUGGCUCAAAUCCAUUCUUUGAUGGUCGCACAGUUCCAAUGUUUAAUUUACAGAAAAAUGGAGUGCAUAGUGGUCAUGUUCAGAUGGGGGUUCAAGAUCCCUUUUGCUUUGUAAAGAAUGGGAAAGGGAGAUGCCAGGAUGGUUACACAAAGGAGAUAACUGGUAAAGAGGCAGUACGUGUUCUUGUUGCUACAAAGGCGAAACCAAAUCAAGACAUUGACAGUUUGCUGGACCGAGAAUUUUUUAAAAGCUUCUUGGAUGUUCUAAACCUUCCUCAGCAAUCUGGGAGGUUCAAUAUUUCGACUCAGUUUCCCUACUAUCGAGAGGUUAUGUACAAGCCAAAUUUUGGAACAAGAAAAUUGGGAAAACCUGUUAUAUUUGACAUGGAUAUGAGUGCUGGAGAUUUUCUCUCUCUAAUUUAUCUCCUAAAAGUACCUGUUGAAGUAAUAAAUCUCAAGGGAAUAUUGGUAAGUCCAACUGGCUGGGCAAAUGCUGCAACAAUUGACAUCAUCUAUGAUAUACUGCAUAUGAUGGGCCGUGAUGACAUUCCAGUUGGUUUGGGAAGCAUGUUUGCAAUUGGUGAGGUAAAUCCAUAUUUUCCUUCUGUUGGAGACUGCAAGUAUGUCAAGGCUAUACCACAUGGCAGUGGUGGAUUUCUGGACUCUGAUACACUUUAUGGAUUUGCUCGUAAUUUGCCACGAAGCCCUAGAAGGUAUACAGCAGAGAAUUCUGUGAAGUUUGGAGCUCCUAGAGAUACUGAUCAUCCUGAACUCAGACAACCUUUAGCAUUAGAAGUUUGGAACUCCAUUCUGAGUACAAUGGAUUCAGGAUCUAAAAUUACAAUAUUAACCAAUGGACCUCUGACUAAUUUAGCGAAUAUUCUUUCUUCAAACAAGAAGGCAAGUUCAGUGAUUCAGAAUGUAUAUAUAGUUGGGGGACACAUCAGCUGCAAUAGCAUGGAUAUAGGAAAUGUUUUCACAGUUCCUUCAAACAAAUAUGCAGAAUUCAACCUAUUUCUUGAUCCAUUUGCUGCAAAGAAGGUCUUUGAAUCGAAACUUGAUAUCACACUCAUUCCACUUGGCAUCCAAAGGCAAGUCGGUUCCUUUCCUAAGAUUCUGGAGAGCUUGUGGCUUGCACAAAAGACACCUGAAGCUGUAUUUGCAAACAAGUUUCUGUCAGUGCUAUCUGGUUUACAGAAAAAGCAUCCAAGCUACCAACAUAUGGAUACAUUUUUGGGCGAAAUUCUCGGUGCAAUAAUCUUGGCUGAUGAUCAUAAUGAUCUACAACUAACUUCACAAAUCAAGCCCAUUAAAGUCUUGGCUACUGGUGAUGUAUCCAGAGAUGGACAAAUUAACAUUGAUGAAAAAAAGGGAAAGUUGGUCAAAAUAUUGGAAAGUGUGAACCCUGUGGCAUAUUAUGAUCACUUUGCAAGUCGAUUGUGUGAUAAAUUGCAGUCUGCUGUGAUUGGCAGCUUUGAUGAGCAGAAAAGAAUCUGGAGUAGACCUCCAAACUAAAACCGAAAGAAUCACUGAAACAAAGUAGAAUUUAUUUCAACAAUAAGAAAUAAUUCUUUUACUUUGGUUCACAUUAUACAACAAUCUUCAUUUGUAUUAUUGAUAUUGGAGAUAUUUACAGGAUGGCAUACUUGUAAUAAACAGUGUGAAGUACAAGUUCAAUGAAAGAUAAAAGAAAAGGAAUUUACACUGAA